AUGGUUGGAUUUGGACCUGCAGAUGUGCCUCCAUCAGCAGCUGUGAAGUUUGUAGGAGCAGGAACUGCAGCCUGUACCGCUGACCUGCUCACCUUUCCCCUGGACACAGCCAAAGUGCGACUGCAGAUCCAAGGGGAGGCUGCGGGGAAAGGGUCUGCAGUGAAGUAUCGAGGAGUGUUUGGCACCAUCACCACCAUGGUGCGUACAGAGGGGCCCAGGAGUCUUUACAAUGGACUGGUGGCAGGACUGCAGAGACAGAUGAGCUUUGCCUCUGUCCGAAUCGGUCUCUACGACUCUGUAAAACAGUUCUACACCCGAGGUUCUGAUCAUGUAGGCAUCGGCAGUCGGCUGCUUGCAGGAUGCACCACAGGUGCCAUGGCGGUUGCUUUUGCUCAGCCCACAGAUGUGGUGAAAGUCCGCUUCCAGGCACAGACCAGGUCUUCUGGGCACGGCAGGCGCUACUGUAGCACCAUGGAUGCUUACAAGACCAUUGCUAAGGAAGAAGGCAUUCGUGGUCUAUGGAAAGGUACAGCUCCAAACAUUGCACGUAAUGCAAUUGUCAACUGCACAGAACUAGUGACAUACGACUUCAUCAAGGAUACACUUUUGAAGUCCACUCCCCUGACAGACAAUCUGCCCUGCCACUUUGUAUCAGCCUUUGGUGCAGGGUUAUGCACAUCAGUGAUUGCCUCUCCAGUCGAUGUGGUCAAGACAAGGUAUAUGAACUCUGCUCUUGGCCAGUACAACAGUGUCCUCAAUUGUGCUGCUGCCAUGAUGACCAAAGAAGGACCACUCUCCUUUUAUAAGGGGUUCAUGCCAUCUUUCUUACGACUGGGCUCCUGGAAUGUGGUGAUGUUUGUGACAUAUGAGCAGCUGAAACGGGCCAUGAUGGCAGCAAAGCACCAUUGCAGAACUACACUGUAA